AUGGCUCAGACAACUCCGAACCAUACGCUGACUGUUUCGGGGUGGGCUGCUCACGACCCCUCUGGCAACAUCACACCUUACACCUUCAAACGCAGAGAAAAUGGGGUGAACGAUGUAACCAUAGAAAUCCUGUACUGUGGGAUAUGCCACACUGAUCUCCACCAAGCCAGGAACGAUUGGGGUUCCACCAUGUACCCUAUUGUACCCGGCCAUGAAAUUACAGGGAUUAUAACGAAGGUGGGAAGCAAUGUGUCCAAUUUCAAGGUAGGCGAUAGGGCAGGAGUAGGGUGCUUGGCAGCAUCAUGCUUGAACUGUGAAUACUGCAAAGAUGGACAAGAAAAUUACUGCAACCACCUUCAGUUUACGUACAAUGGCAUUUUUUGGGAUGGUAGCAUCACUUAUGGAGGCUACUCCAAGUUUCUUGUAGCAGAUCAUAGAUUUGUGGUACGCAUACCGGAAAACUUGCCGAUGGAUGCAGCAGCUCCCCUAUUGUGUGCUGGAAUUACUGUGUUUAAUCCCCUAAAAGAUGGCAACUUGUUGGAGUCGCAGGGUAAAAGAAUCGGGAUAGUAGGUCUUGGAGGUCUAGGCCAUGUUGCUGUAAAAUUUGCCAAGGCAUUUGGUCACCAUGUAACUGUUAUUAGCACAUCUCCAUCCAAAGAGAAGGAAGCUAAAGAGAGAUUGGGUGCUGAUGAUUUCAUAAUAAGUACCAAUCCUGAACAAAUGCAGUCUAAGAGUAGGACUCUCGACUUUAUUUUGGAUACAGUGUCAGCCGAGCACUCUCUUGGACCGACCUUAGAGUUGUUGAAAGUAAAUGGCACUUUAGCGAUAGUAGGUGCACCAGAAAAGCCCCUGGAACUUCCAUCUUUCCCUCUGAUAUUUGGGAAGAGAGCUGUGAAGGGGAGCAUCAUAGGAGGAAUAAAAGAGACGCAAGAGAUGUUGGACACGUGUGGGAAACACAACAUAACAUGUGAGAUUGAGGUUGUCAAGCCAAAUCAAAUCAAUGAAGCCUUUGAGCGACUCGCUAAAAAUGAUGUUAAAUACCGAUUUGUCAUUGACAUUGCCGGGAAAUCUUCAAAUCUUUAG